AUGGCACAUAAUCGAUUCGAGGGGUCAGAUUUGCCGCAGGUCUACGAAGGAGAUAACUUACCACAGGUUUAUGACAGAGAUAACUUGCCGCAGGUUUAUCAGGGGCAUAGAUUUGAGGAAGGACUUCAAAUAAUUGAACCUGAAUCACCCGGGACCGAAGCAGCAAUAGUCGAUGCCGGGAGUAGGGGAAAAGCGCCAGAACCGUUUUGGACGAGGAAGAAGAUCUGGAUUGCAGUCGGAGUAGCCGCGCUGAUUGUUAUCGGAGUUGUCGUUGGCGUCGCAGUCGGCGUUGUUACCGGUCGAAAAGGGACAAGCAGUAGUGAUGGAUCAAGCAGCCAACCGACAGGAGCUGAAAUGGCUCUGACCGCGACAACAACGACGUUUCCUACUCCAAGUGUGGUGGCGACAACAUGCCACCCAUCAAUAUGCCCAGCAAUCCUGGCCGCAGCGCGAUCUUCCUCCGAUCCGAAAGCCUUCUUCCUCUUCGGCCGCGGUACCGAUAAUGCAAUAUGGUACCGCGAAUCGGACGGCGAAAGAUGGUUGAAGGACUGGGAAUCUUUGGGUGGCAAGUUUGACACAACCAGCGGCUGUGUCGAUCCGUGA